AAAAUGAAUUGAUAAAAAAGUUUACAAACUGAAUUUCAAUUUCGAAUUUGUUUGAGCGGUUGGUGAUGGAAUUUUGACGAAUUAUCCGUAUAUAAUUAGGUAAUCUUACGUGUAAUUAAUAUUCUGGACUGAAAAUUGUGACAUCUAAUUGACUAUAAAACAUUCACCAUGAAUGACCAAUCGAUUGUAGACAAGACUAUGCGAUCAGUUUUCGUCGGUAAUAUACCGUACGAAGUAUCUGAAGAAAAACUAAAAGACAUAUUCAGCGAAGUUGGACCUGUACUUUCGUUCAAAUUGGUUUUUGAUCGAGAUUCCGGUAAACCGAAAGGUUAUGGAUUUUGCGAGUAUAAAGAUCAAGAGACAGCUUUGAGUGCGAUGAGAAAUCUGAAUAAUUACGAAAUAGCCGGACGAAAUCUUCGAGUUGAUAAUGCUUGUACUGAAAAAUCUCGACUAGAAAUGCAAUCAUUAAUGCAAAGUACGCAAGUUGAAAGCACGUACGGUGAAUCUAUCAAUCCGGAGAAAGCUCCAGAAGUUAUUAGUAAAGCUAUUGCGACACUACCACCGGAGCAAAUGUACGAAUUAAUGAAACAAAUGAAGCAUUGUGUUCAGAAUAAUCCUACGGAAUCUCGAGACUUAUUGUUACAAAAUCCUCAAUUGGCGUAUGCUCUGUUACAAGUAAUGAUCGUUAUGAAGAUAGUUGACACGUCGACUGCUUUGGCUAUGUUACAUCCGGUGAAUGUAAUCCCUCCUGUAUUGCCAUUAUCAACUACCACUCCAUCGACGGUGGUAAAUAACGCAACAUCGACUUCAUCGUCAUUUUCUGAUACUCAUCCAGUUUCAUCGAGUGAUCCGAAGACUUCAUUUUGGAGUAACACGAAUAACAAACCGUCCGGUCCUGUAUCUAGUAUGCCUUCAAUUCAACCUCCGCCUCUGCCACCCAUGGUCUCGAGUCAAGAUAUGGAUAUGCGUACACCGGAUUUAAGUAUGAGUAAUCGGUUCAACGAUCAAGAUCUCAGAAUACCUCCGAUGCCUCCGUUUCCUCAACCUGAAAUGUUUAAAAGAGAUCCUCGUUUACAAAAUCAACAAAUGCCCGAUGGUAUUGAUAUGAGACAGCCAUUCCCUGGCUUAGUUCCUCCUCCGGGUAUGAUCCCGCCACCGAAUAUACCGUUGGGAUUAAUGCAAAGUAUGCCCGGUGGUAUGCCCGUCUUACCUCCUAACAUGCCUAGAAUGAUGCCUCCACCGGGACCUAUGCCACCUCUUUCUAGACCAACGCAACCUCACAGUGGAUCUUCGUCUACGUCGGUGACCAGCGGUAGCGGUAUCAAACCUCCUUCAUUACCGACCGGUGGAAGUGAUAGCGAAAAGGCUGCUUUAAUCAUGCAAGUGUUGCAAUUGACUGACGAACAAAUCGCAUUAUUGCCGGUAGAGCAAAGACAGAGUAUUUUAGUACUGAAAGAGCAGAUCGCUAAAAGCGCUAAACGAUAAUUUGUUUGGAAUUUCUUGUAUUUUUUCAACAUUCAGUUACCGCAGAAAAAUAUUUUCAGUUUAUGGAAUUAUGACCGAAGUUUGACAGUUUGAUUUUUGAUUUUGACUUUGACUUUGAGAAGUUCGAGUGUGGAUUUUUUUUGACCGGCUUGCCGGAUUGAGUGACGACAGUGUUCUGCGAUUAUUUUCUUUACUUUCAUUAUUACCUCAUUAGUCUUGUAUAUGUUUAUUUAUUAUUAUUUUUGCAUUCUCCAAGAAAUAAGUAUCUUAUUUUUUAGUUCUUUUUUUUCAAUUAAAUCACUUUUUAUUUUUUUGAAA